CCGCUUGGGUGCAGCCUUACCAGUAAUAUCAAAUUUUGGGAUAUUCAACCCUACUCUUGUUCCAGGAAGAGGUAAUGCUGCAUUUAAUGAUUAUGGUGUAGCUGCAAUGAAAAGCAUAUCUGACUUCCUCUUUCCUCAGAAUGAAGAUAAGAAGCAGGAAAUGGUGGUAGAGUGGAGUAAAUUAAAGUACAAUCUGUUGGAAUGGAAAACACUUGUACCAGCCCAUUUGUCCAGUGCAGGGCAGAUUACAGAGUGGUGCAUGCUGCGAAUACUACAAUUAUGCAGCAUUCAAUUUUUUUCACAAAUGGUUUCACUGGUUGAAGUUAUUCUUGCUCUUCCAAUUUCCAAUGCGUGGCCAGAAAGGGGAGUAAGUCAAGUAAGGCUAAUUAAAACGAGACUCAGAAGCAGAAUGAAAAAUGACUUGCUUAAUGCUCUACUCAGUAUCGCUAUAAAUGGACCUCCUCAAUUUACAGCAGAGUGUGACAAAAUCUUUGAAUUGGCAGUGGCAAGUUGGAUGAAAGCAAAGCCAAGGCGUAAAUUGAAGAGAGAAGCAGUAGUUUGUAGUGCUGUAGAGCAAACUGUAGACAAAGAGCAGCAGUCAAAAGCGGAGCUUGCAACUGCUAUGGCAUCACUGAAUUUAGAUUUGUCAGAUGAUAACACUUCUGCUGAUGAGUCUGAAUGAAUACUGUACAUCUUUUAUAAUAAUAAUUCUGGAUUUAUAUAGCACCUCACGUUGACACAACCUCAAGGCGCUUAACAACAACAGAGAAGAAAAAAUUAAGUUCAAAUGAUUGGUUUGAUGAUUAUCAAUAAAUGUUAUUAUUACAAUGAUUUGGUAAUUGGAAUCAUUUCAAGGCCUGUUACUUUCUUAUUCAUCCCAAAUCCUUUC